AUGAAUUUGUUAGCAGCUGAAUCAUCUCCUUGUCUUUGCAGAUGGAUGAAAAAUAUUCAAACAUUGUUAAAUUAAGUGAUAAUUAGAUUUUCUUGUUUUCAUAAGUGGUCAGCAUUCAAUAUAUCAAAAAAUUUAAGUUACUCAGCUUAUUGUGCAUCAAAAAGCGAUAAAAACUUCAAUAAUAAAUCGCUUGCUUAUAAUUCUGACCCUAAAUAAAGUAUUAUCACAACAAUUAAUACAUUCUGUGGAACUGUUGCUAAUAUCUUUUAAAAAUUGUUGGUAUCAUAGCAAUCUCCAAAUGAACACAAUGCUUAAAGACAGAAGUGA